AUGGACAAGGACAACGGCAGCUCCUUCCAAGGCUUUAUCCUGGUGGGCUUCUCCGAUCGCCCCCACCUGGAACUGAUCCUUUUUGUCAUCGUCCUUAUCUUUUACCUGCUGACCCUUUUUGGGAAUGUGACAAUCAUCCUCCUUUCAGUCCUGGAUUCCCGGCUGCACACCCCGAUGUACUUCUUCCUGGCCAACCUCUCAUUCCUGGACAUGUGUUUCACCACUGGUUCCAUCCCACAGAUGCUCUACAACCUUUGGGGCCCUGAUAAGACCAUCAGCUACGUGGGCUGUGCCAUCCAGCUCUACUUUGUCCUGGCGCUGGGUGGCGUGGAGUGCAUUCUCCUGGCAGUCAUGGCCUAUGACCGUUAUGUAGCCGUCUGCAAACCCUUGCAUUACACCGUCAUCAUGCACCCACGGCUCUGUGGGCAGUUGGCAGCCGUGGCCUGGGCCAUUGGUUUUGGGAAUUCGCUCAUCAUGACACCACAGACCUUGAUGCUGCCUCGCUGUGGGCAUCGGCGGGUGGACCAUUUCCUCUGUGAGAUGCCAGCGCUCAUUGGCAUGGCCUGUGUCGACACCAUGAAACUGGAGGCACUGGAGUUUGUCUUGUCCAUCUUCAUUAUCCUGGCACCCCUCUUCCUCAUUCUCCUGUCUUAUGGGUACAUUGCUCGAGCAGUCCUGAAGAUGAAAUCGGCUUCUGGCCGCAAGAAAGCCUUCAACACCUGUAGCUCCCAUCUCAUUGUGGUCUCUAUCUUUUAUGGCACAAUCAUCUACAUGUACCUGCAGCCCACAAACACGUAUUCCCAGGACCAAGGCAAGUUCCUUACCAUCUUCUACACCAUUGUCACCCCCAGCGUUAACCCUUUGAUCUACACACUGAGGAACAAAGAUGUCAAAGAGGCUCUGAAGAAAUUGCUAGGGAGGGCAACUGCAGAAAUAAAAUAA